AAAAUCUCCACCUCCGUUUCCCGGGGUCGGAGCGAACCGCCUUGCCAUUUUGUGACGCCUCGCGGUGUAUUUUACUUUUCGUAAACAAUAGGCUAAACACGUUUUUUUCCAGUAAAAUCUCUCGCGGCAGUUGAUAUUCAGUGUGUAUGCAAACGACAGUAAAAAUGUCGAAACGAAGGAUCGAGGUUAUGGACCCCUAUGUCAAACGAAAAAGUGACUCUCAGUCAGUUUGAUCGGCGUGUGGGCAGUAGUCUGUUGAAUAUUGAAGCACAUACGGUAGUUCCAACACUCCGGGAAUGUUUGCGAUCAAUAAACGACGAACGAAUAGGUUUGUGAAAUAUUAAUUGAUGGAAUUCUCAUGAUGGAGGACGAAUUUGGAGAUUUUUGCUGAGAGGUUUUCAUGAUUCCCUUUGGAGGUAGUGGAUCCCUGGGAAAACGUCAAACGAUGAUUUUCGUUGGAUAUAAACUUUUGCUUGAAAAUAUUUCCGAGGACUUCGGAAAAAAUAUUGGAUUUUAAUGCUGGACGAUAAUGCGGACACUGCAUCCUCCUCGUCCACCGUGACACCCUCCCUGGCCACAUCAAAAACCCCAUCACAACUGAAUCCCUACACUAAUUUACCGUACACUCCACGGUACUAUGAAUUCCUGAAGAAACGUAUAACCCUCCCAGUAUUUGAGUACCGAGCUGACUUUAUGCGUUUGCUGGCCCAGCACCAAUGUAUUGUCUUGGUUGGUGAGACUGGCUCUGGGAAAACAACACAAAUUCCCCAGUGGUGUGUCGAGUACUCAACGUUAAUGGGAUCAAAGGGUGUUGCAUGCACUCAGCCCCGUCGUGUCGCUGCCAUGUCAGUGGCCCAACGAGUCUCCGAGGAGAUGGAUGUACCCCUGGGUGAGCAAGUGGGCUACAGUAUUCGUUUCGAGGAUUGCAGUUCUCCGAAGACAGUUCUCAAAUACAUGACCGAUGGUAUGCUGUUGCGUGAGGGUAUGUCAGAUCCAAUGCUCGAGGCCUACCAGGUGAUACUCCUCGAUGAGGCUCACGAGAGGACUCUAGCCACCGAUCUGCUGAUGGGUGUGUUGAAGGAAGUAAUUAAACAACGCUCAGACUUGAAACUCGUUAUUAUGUCAGCGACAUUGGAUGCUGGAAAAUUCCAACAGUAUUUCGACAAUGCUCCACUAAUGAAUGUUCCUGGUCGCACACAUCCAGUGGAAAUAUUUUAUACACCAGAGCCUGAGAGAGAUUAUUUGGAAGCUGCCAUUAGAACUGUCAUUCAGAUUCACAUGUGCGAGGAAGUCCCCGGGGAUCUACUGCUCUUUUUAACUGGACAGGAGGAGAUUGAAGAGGCUUGCAAGAGAAUCAAGAGGGAAAUGGAUAAUUUAGGCCCUGAGGUGGGAGAGCUUAAGUGUAUUCCCCUGUAUUCAACACUCCCCCCAAACCUCCAACAGAGGAUAUUCGAGGCUGCGCCAUCGAAUAAAGCCAAUGGCGCCAUUGGGAGAAAGGUCGUUGUCUCCACAAAUAUCGCUGAGACCUCCCUGACAAUCGAUGGCGUUGUCUUUGUCAUUGAUCCUGGAUUUGCCAAGCAGAAGGUCUACAAUCCCAGGAUCAGAGUAGAGUCACUAUUGGUAUCGCCAAUUAGCAAGGCAUCGGCACAGCAGAGAGCUGGACGUGCUGGACGAACGAGACCUGGCAAGUGCUUCAGGCUGUACACAGAGAAGGCGUAUAAAAAUGAAAUGCAAGAUAAUACUUAUCCUGAGAUACUCCGGUCUAAUCUGGGGAGUGUUGUUUUACAAUUGAAAAAAUUGGGAAUCGAUGAUCUUGUUCAUUUUGAUUUUAUGGACCCACCGGCCCCCGAGACACUCAUGAGGGCCCUGGAGUUGCUAAAUUAUCUCGCUGCUCUCGAUGAUGAUGGCAAUUUGACGGAUUUGGGAGCAGUCAUGGCAGAGUUUCCACUGGAUCCACAACUCGCUAAGAUGUUGAUUGCUUCUUGCAAUCAUAAUUGCAGCAAUGAGAUUCUCAGCAUUACUGCUAUGUUAUCAGUCCCACAGUGUUUUGUGAGGCCAAAUGAAGCCAAAAAGGCUGCGGAUGAUGCAAAGAUGAAGUUCGCGCAUAUUGAUGGAGAUCACCUGACUCUGCUCAAUGUUUAUCACGCCUUCAAACAGAACAUGGAGGAUCCUCAGUGGUGCUACGAUCACUUCGUCAACUACAGGUCUCUGAAGAGUGGUGAUAAUGUUCGACAACAGUUGAGCAGAAUCAUGGACAGAUUCUCAUUGAAGAGAACGUCCACAGACUUCACAUCGAAAGACUAUUACAUCAACAUUCGAAAAGCUCUUGUCGAUGGAUUCUUCAUGCAAGUUGCACAUUUGGAGAGAACUGGACAAUAUCUAACCAUAAAAGACAAUCAAAUGGUACAACUGCAUCCUAGUACUUGUCUAGAUCACAAACCAGAGUGGGUGAUAUACAACGAAUUCGUCCUCACGACGAAAAAUUAUAUUAGAACUGUUACUGAUAUAAAACCUGAAUGGCUAUUGAAAAUAGCCCCACAGUACUAUGAUCUACAGAAUUUCCCUCAGUGCGACGCAAAGAGACAAUUGGAGAUGAUCCAAGCAAGAUUAGAUUCAAAGCAGUAUCAAGAAGGCUUCUAACCACGAGUUGUUUUAGAAAACUGUAAAAAACAUUUCGAUGAAGAUAUUCUCGACUAUCAUGUGGGUCCACUGCAUACUAACGUCGAUUUAAUGUUUAGUUUUAUUAAAUUGUCUCUGGUUGGAAUCUAUGGAAAAAAAUCAUAAUAAUGAGAUGAUGGGAAAAAAAUGGAAUUGUCACUUUGUACAAUCGAUGAUGAAAGUCGAUGAUGUGUUUCAAGGCAGAGAGAGAGUAGAUUAAUUUUUGUAUUGCCUUUUAAAAGUCGCCACUAAUAAUAGUGAUGAUUGUGUCAAAUGACUCACCUAGACAGACCGAUUAUUUUAAUUCACCGAUUUAAUUUCUUUGUCAGAUGUAUUUCAUUGCUUUCAUAAGUAUUUUCAGCUUUUCUCAUUGUUUCAUAUUUAUUGUGUCAUGAAAUUACUUGUCGCAGAUUUGACAAGGAUAGGGAUACACUAAUAAUCGUACGGAGAAUCAAUUUUACUUUUAUCCUAAGACAAUUUCAGUUCAGUCGAAUGGAUGAGAAAACAUGAAAUCAUGUGCAACCGUUAAUCAAAAGUCUCAGUCUGACCCCGGCAUAAUACUUAGUGUUAACAGCCAAUUACGCAUUCAUGUAUUUAAUUAAUGGAUAAUGAGCGCGUCUUAUUCGACAGUUUUCUCAUCUUCUCUUGUUUGUAACACUACAAUAGUUGAAAAAUGCGAAUGAGGUACAUGGAUCCUUUUGUCUCGUGGAAGUACACCGUUUAAGUUUUGUAAAUAAAUAAUCAUCAGGCAUUCAAUGGUCUGGUGGGAAUGGUAUUUCAUUAUUGUACGAAUUCAUUCCAAUAAAAUGAACAUAACAAAAGGUCA